AGUAAAGGAUUUGAGAGAAAAAAAAUUGAAAUUAGAAACAGAAGAGUGUGUUGGAAUUGAAGUGCAGCAAAGAAAAACGAGUGUGUUGUAGUGCAGCACAGCAGCAGCAAGCAACCCCGCCUCCCCUCUCUCCACAUCGUAUUCUCUUCUCGCUUCUAUAUCUAUAUCUAUAUCUAUCUACCAGUCCAUUUCUCAUUCACCUACUGCUCUUGUCGCGGUGAGUGUUCAGUUCUUCAGCUUCUAUCUGACAUCGACUAUCAUCUGAUUUGAGGUGUCGCGACUCACAGAUCUCAUGCUCCCUCAACCGAUCAAUCCCUAAUCCUAAUUGGUUCGGUCAAAUACAUAUUUCUCAAUCGCUCCAUUUCAAGCAUUGUCUGGUUACAAUGGAGACUUUUUGAAAACCCUAGCUAUGGUUGUUCGGAGGAUGGUUCUUCUUUUUAGGAGGAAUCAAAAGUAUGUCAUACCAAGGCCCCUGGCAAUGUUUUGAUGGAAAAAGUGAAAAGUGGAGUUGGAUACUUGUAUCUGCAUCAGAAGACGAUAAUUUUGGUCUCGCAUGUCUCCAAGUUUGCACUCAUCUGUUUUCAUCUCUCUCUUUUACUUCCUUCGAAAACCCUAGAGUUUGUAGGUUUGGGUUUUCUCUUAGGACAUUGUUUGGGGAUAUGUGAAGAAUGGUUUGUAGAUUUUCCACCAAGUUAUUGAAUAUAUGUAUAUCUUCUUUUUGUAAAGUGCGGCAAUUGGAGAAAGCGGAAGCGAUUAUAAUUGAUGGUAUAAGAUUAGGUGUACUACCAGAUGUGGUUACUUACAAUACAUUAGUUGCUGCCUAUACUCGUUUUGUUGGCAUAGAUGCAGCUUAUUCCGUUCUUCAUAGAAUGAGAGAAGCUGGGAUAAACCCAGAUGUUAUUACAUAUAAUUCUUUGAUAGCUGGUGCCACCAAGCAUUGCUUAUUAUCUCGAUCACUGGAUCUGUUUGAAGAAAUGCUUCACAUGGGCAUUCCCCCUAAUGUGUGGAGCUACAAUACUUUGAUGCAUUGCUUCUUCAAAUCAGGAAAACCAGAUGAGGCCAACAGGGUAUUUCGGGAUAUUAUUUUGAGCAAUAUUUCUCCUUGUCCAUCCACAUUUAACGUUAUGAUUAAUGGUCUUUGCAAGAAUGGGUACACUGCAAAUGCCCUCAUGUUAUUCAGGAAUUUACAGCGCCAUGGAUUUACUCCUAAGAUAGUUACAUAUAAUAUUCUGAUUAAUGGGCUUUGCAAGUCAGGUAGGUUAGGGGCAGCAAGAACAAUUCUCAAGGAGCUUGGAGAAUCAGGUCUUAUGCCAAAUGCCAUAACAUAUACUACUAUAAUGAAAUGCUGCUUUAGAUCUAGACAGUUUGAACAAGGGCUUGAGGUCUUCUUAGAGAUGAAGGAGAAAGGGUAUACGUUUGAUGCCUUUGCGUACUGCACAGUCAUUGGUGCUUUAGUUAAAAUGGGUAAGAUAAAUGAGGCAAAUGAAUGCAUGGACCAGAUGAUUAGGAAUGGCAUUGAGCUUGAUAUAGUGUCUUAUAACACCUUGAUUAAUCUGUAUUGUAAGGAAGGUAAGUUGGAAGCUGCCUGUAAUUUGUUGGAUGAGAUUGAGAAGGGAGGGAUGGAAUGUGACAAGUACACACAUACAAUUCUGAUUGAUGGAUUGUGCAAGGCAGGUAAUAUUGAGGGGGCAGAGCGACAUUUGAAGUAUAUGAAUAUGAUGGGUUUUGAUUCAAACUUGGUUUCUUUCAAUUGCUUCCUUGAUGGUUUGUGUAAAGCUGGCGAGGUUGAUUAUGCAAUGAAGCUGUUUGAAUCUAUGGAGUUAAAAGAUUCCUUUACCUACUCUUCCUUGGUACACAAUCUUUGCAGGGCUAGGAGAUUCCACAGUGCAUCUAAGCUCUUGCUGUCUUGUUUAAGAGGUGGAAUGAAAAUACUUAGGUCUGCCCAACGAGCUGUUCUUGAUGGUCUUCGGUCUUCGGGAUUCACAAGAGAGGCAAGGAAGCUUCACUCAAAAAUUCGAUUGGCUAAGAUUUUUCACUAUUAAUUUGGUUAGGGUGCUUUAGAUUUUUCCUGGAAGUUGGAAGAACUUUAUGGUGCAAUCAGUUUAGUUGUAAGGGUCAUUUUUUAAGAUGGAAAUAUACAGCAUUUAGUUUACGUUGAUCUUGCUGACUAAAUUUAUUUGGAAUAAAAAGCCUUUUGAGCGCCAAUCAUUGAAAAUUCUGGAAGAGAGUUGGUCAGUUUUUGAUGUCCAUACUCCAUUUGCUUGGAAGACUCUGGUCAUGCUACACAAAUUAUUUGCACUCUAUACCAAAUAAUUUGCACGUUUGAGACAUUUACAAGGAUAUGCUAGAACUGUACAGUGGUUGACAUUGUUCAGCACGGAAUACAUCUGAGGAUCUCGUACUACUUUGCAGGUUGAAAUCUUUGCAAAUAAGAACCAUCUUAUGUUGGAAACAGUUGGACUCUUCCGUUCUCAAAGGAAAACUAACGCUCAUUAACGUUGAGGCAACUUUGGCCUUUCAUAUUAGCAAGUUGGUAAACCAUUUUCUCCAGCAGAGGCAUUUGGUGGAAGGAGUUUUAUACUCUCAAAUUGAAGCUUUUAUGCAAUUUCAUGUCUUGGUGACAAUAGGUGGUUGUGCUUGUUAUGGUGAUUUGUUCUAACUAAGUUGUUUUGGUGGAGAAGAGCUCCUCAUUGUGUUAUAUGCUCCCUCGUGCUGAUGUGAUGUCAGGGUUCAAAAUGUAUAGAAUUGUAUAAACUGGCAAACCAAUUGAUGAUCAUAGCGUUAUGGAAAAUGUUGUAGUAUGGCUGUAUUCACUGAAUGUAGUGUUGGGCCCCCUGGCCAGUUUUGGUCAACACUUGUCAAGAAGUCUGUUAUUUGGUUAUGCUUCUAUUAUUAUUCCUUCAAUGGCUUAGAUUUUCCAAUGGCUCACAAUUAAUGUUACCUCUCAAGAGCUAUUCCUUUUUUUUUGGGUUA